AUGACGAUACUGAUAAGGACAAUGACAGCAAUAGCAAUAACGAUAUUGAGUUCGAUAGCGAGAGCAUUCUCGGACAGCCGGCACACCCUGCCCAGGGCUCCAGCUCCCCCUGACCCACCCCUUGUCCAUCUCUGCAGGUUCUACACGUGCUGUGAGGGCUACGAACCCACGGUGCUGCUCAUCAAAACCACCGAGGGGGAGGUGUGUGGGGCGUUUCUCUCCUCCGACUGGAGCGAAAGGAAGAAGAGCGGAGCCACAUCGGGCUUUUUUGGGACAGGGGAGUGCUUUGUGUUCACUGUGCGCCCCGAGGCAGAGAGGUACGAGUGGGUGCUCAUCAAGAAGCCGGAGCUGGCCAAGGCCGUGCCGCGCUCCCGGCAGCGCUCGCCUUCCCCCGCUCCCGAAUCCCCACUCGGCUCCUCCCGGGACAGCCCCAGCCCCAGCCCCGAGCACCUCGCCGUGCCCUCGCCGCAGAGGAGAGCCCGCCUGUCCCCGUUCCUGGCCAUCAGGCACUUCCUCCUGCCCUCCAAAACUGCCUCCAUGUUCAUGGCCGGCUCCCGGGACGGGAUCGUCAUCGGCGGAGGGGGAGGCCAGGCCCUGUCCCUGGACGCCAGCCUGCUCUGGGGACACACGGAGCGCUGCGAGACCUUCGACAACCCCCCGCUCUGCCGGGAGCACUUCCAGGUGCAGCUCUUGGAAGUGUGGGGCUUUCGGAGCGCGUAGUUCCCUGGGGAGCCGCCGAGCGGGGCACGGGGACCCCUCCCCGCGCUGGCCGCCCCCGGCCGGGCUGUGGCCGCCCGGACAGCCCCGCUCUCCAUCGGGCCCUCGGCGGCCGGAGCGGGCCGGGCCCGCUCGGAGCGGCCUCGCGGUGCUGUGGGGAGAGGCCGAGGCCGUGCCGGGGCCGGGACUGCGGCCGCUGCCCCCGGGGACAUCCCAGCGGCCGUCCCAGCUCGGGCCCGGCCCUCCCCACCCGCUCUGUCCCAGUUUGGGGUGCUGGAGGGGAGGGCAGCCGCUCUGCAGUUUCUCCCACCUCCCUGGCCUGUUUGCAGCGCGGGGCUCAGCAAACCGGUGUCGGCACGAGCAGGUUUUGUGGCAGUUCUGAGCCCAGGCCAAACCAAACACCGAGCUCCAGAGCUCACCAGAAACACCCUCAGAUCCGCUUCCCCCGGGCCCCAAGGCCAGCACAGCCCUUCAAGCCAUCCACGGAGUUGUGCAGCCCCGGUGGGUACCCAGGACUGCCUGGGAUCCACCAGCACCGGGAGAGACUCCUCUUGUCCCCAGCUGGAAGUGCUGCCAGUGCUGGCAAAGCCCUGCCCGGAGUUUGUGGGGUGCAGCGACAGCCCCGAGGGGACCCCAUGCUUGGGGCUGAGCCCUUUGCUCUGUCCCCAGCCCAGGGUUGGCUUGGGGCUGUAGGGCUGGACAUAGAGAUUCCCCAAUGGGAUCAUCAGGAUGGGCCAUUUUAACUUGGGAUGGGAAGGUUUGGUGUGGCCCUGUCAGAGAUGGGAGGGUUGGAGGGCACAGGGACCCCUCUGGCUCCUGCAGGAGAACAUCUGCCACCCCAAACACACUUUCCUGGGUGGAAAAGGAAGGGCUCGGAGCCUCCACAGGGUAGCCAGGCACAGCAGGAAUGGGGUGUCUGGGCCAGAUCACCAGGAGGGGAAACAGCAGGAAAGAGAAAUACCUGGGGGAAGGGAAUUGCAGCAGUGGGAAGUGUGACUCCCCGACUCAUUGACCACUGCCUCAAAUGGAGCUUACCCAGCUCCAAGGAGGGAAGACAUCUUGUGACAGAUCAGGAUACACCCAGAAAACAGGGCUUGGAUGCCAAUUACUAAAAAGUAAACAUUAAUAAAGCUAUGUGUUCAGCAAUCAGUGAAGGCAGAUGUCCUUGCUAUGUGUAAAUAGUGCCAAGUAAUGAUGAGCAGGGAGCCUUUUGUGGCUGCCCCCAGCUCCUGCUUUGUCCAGAAUAAAAAAGUCCAGAAUAAAGAAAUAAAUAUACAUA